AAGUUCCAACACCGGGAAAAUAUCUCUAUACAGAAUUACAGAUACAGACAGAGCCUCUCGCUAAUUUCACGUCAAGCGUAUGCGUACACUACAGGCGGUCACAGUUCGCAAUGCACCGCGGACGGAUCAGAUGCACAGACAGAACGAAUGGCAUAAACUACAGCAACCAACAGCUAGCUAUCACACGCAUUUCUGCAAAGCUGAGCUGAUAGCUGCAUCCUGCAUGCAAAGCACAGAGACUCGACGACAGCUUGUUCCGUCGCCGGCGCGGCGCGUGUCACCAGCUAGCGAUGGGCACGGCGAGCGAUCAGAACACGCCGCUCCUCCCGGCAGAUGGCGGCAACGAUGACGGCGAAGGCGUGGCGGUGCUGCCGGGCGAAGCAGCUGGCGGCGCCGGUGGCGGGCACGGCGGGGUGAGCGCGCAGCUGGAGCGUAUCCUCGCCGACGAGUCGGUGCCCCGUGCGCGGCGGCUGGCGCGCGCGGCGCGUGUGGAGCUCCGCCUGCUCGUGGCGCUGGCCGCCCCCGCCGUGGCCGUCUACAUGAUCAACUACUCCAUGUCCCUGUCCACGAGGAUCUUCUGCGGGCAGCUCGGCACGCUCGAGCUCGCCGCCGCCUCCCUCGGCAACGUCGGCAUCCAGGUCUUCGCGUACGGCCUCAUGCUGGGCAUGGGCAGCGCGGUGGAGACGCUGUGCGGGCAGGCCUACGGCGCGCACAAGUACGACAUGCUGGGCAUCUACAUGCAGCGCUCCAUCGUCCUGCUCACGGCCACCGGCGUCCCGCUCGCCGUCGUCUACGUGUUCUCGAAGCAGAUCCUGCUGCUCCUGGGGGAGUCGGAGCGGAUCGCGGAGGCGGCGUGGGUGUUCGUGCUGGGCCUCAUCCCGCAGAUCUUCGCCUACGCCUUCAACUUCCCGAUCCAGAAGUUCCUGCAGGCGCAGAGCAUCGUGGCGCCCAGCGCCUACAUCUCCACGGCGGCGCUGGCCGGGCACCUGGUCCUCAGCUGGCUCGCCGUCUACAGGAUGGGGCUGGGCCUGCUGGGCGCGUCGCUGAUCCUCAGCCUCAGCUGGUGGGUCAUCGUCGUCGCCCAGUUCGUGUACAUCGUCAGGUCCCAGAGGUGCCGCCGCCGGACGUGGACGGGAUUCUCCUGCAGGGCGUUCUCCGGCUUGCCGGAGUUCCUCAAGCUCUCGUUCGCGUCGGCGGUCAUGCUUUGCCUCGAGACGUGGUACACGCAGAUCACCGUGCUUGUAGCGGGCUUGCUCAAGGACCCGGAGAUCGCCCUUGAUUCGCUUGCUGUCUGCAUGUCCAUAUCAGGAUGGGUGUUCAUGGUAUCGGUAGGCUUCAACGCUGCUGCUAGCGUGAGAGUGAGCAACGAGCUCGGAGCCGGGCAUCCCAUGGCGACAUCUUUCUCUGUCAAGGUCGUGACCACGCUGUCUCUGAUGGUGGCGUCCAUUAUAGCUGUCAUCGUCAUGUGCCUCCGCGACUACAUCAGCUACGUGUUCACCAAAGGGGAUGACGUCGCGCGCGCCGUGUCCACCAUGACCCCGCUGCUCGCCGUCACCAUCGUGCUCAACGGCAUUCAGCCCGUCCUAUCUGGUGUGGCCGUCGGCUGCGGUUGGCAGGCCUUCGUGGCAUAUGUGAACAUCGCAUGCUACUACGGCAUCGGGAUCCCGCUUGGCUGUGUUUUGGGAUUCUACUUUGAUCUAGGUGCCAUGGGAAUAUGGGGUGGAAUGAUAGGUGGAUUGAUUGUUCAGACGCUUGUUCUUAUCUGGGUCACACUUCGCACCGAUUGGAAUAAAGAGGUUGAACAAGCGCGCAUGAGGCUAAAUAAAUGGGAAGACAAAAAGAAGCCCCUUUUGGCGGAAGAUUGAAAAAUUAUAAGGAUGGUGCACGCGGUCAAUGCAUAUGUUAUGCAUGGUGCUGAUGAUUGAAAACUAAUAAGUAGUUAGCUUGUUUAGCAUUGAAAUGGUGAAACUGAAAUUCGAACAAGAAGAGACUAAUGGCUCUCUUGCACGAAGUUCUUUUCUUCCUCAAUUGUGUGUCAUGAUUCUCGCGACAAAAAGAAUGCAGCACCACUACAAUAGAGAAUUGGCUUCUGCUAUCCA